CUUCGCCCUGUCACUCCGCGGACCCGGCUGGCUCUAUGGCGGCGCUGCGAAGUCUGUUGGGCUGGCGCCGCUGCCGUCUGCCCCCGGAGACGACUCCUCGCCGGCCGCUGUGGGGCUUGAAGGCCGCCGGCUCCGGCCGCGAGGGGACCUCGAGUGGGCUGAGCAUCGCGGCCGCAGGGGCUGCUGGCGGGGCGCUCGCUUGGCUCAUCUGCUAUCACUACUACGACCGCCGACCGCACCAUUCGCCCUCCGCGCUGGGGCUGGGCAGCCGGAGGGAGCGAGGAGAAACCGGGCUGCUGAGCCAAGGCCGAGGACUGCAGCCCAUCCCUGUGGCGGCCGCUGCUAGGGAGAUGCUGGUCACAGAAAACAGACCAGGUCAUGAAGAUUUAGAACUUUAUGCAACUUCCCGGGAGCGGCGGUUUCUAACAUUUGCCAGUUUAAAAUCUGAAGGGCAGCUAUUUAUGACACCAUAUGAUUUCAUCCAGUCUGUUUCAAGUGAUGAACCAAGACAGACAAAACAGUGGAAGACACUAUCAAAACAGGAAUUGAAUCAGAUACUUAUUGAAACUCCACCAGUUUGGAAAGGAUCAUCAAAGCUCUUCAGGAAUCUCCAAGAAAGGGGUAUAAUUUCUUACACGGAAUAUCUCUUUUUACUAUGUAUCUUAACAAAACCGCAUGCUGGUUUUAGAAUAGCAUUCAACAUGUUUGAUACAGAUGGAAAUGAAAUGGUGGACAAAAAAGAGUUCUUGGUGGUGCUCAAAACAGCUGGAGAGGAUCUUGUUCCAAGAAGCUAUUGGGACACUCUGAGACGUAGCACAAGUCAGGCACUCUUUUCAGACCUCGCAGAGCAUGCAGAUGACUUUACCAGUUUACAUUCUGAUACUACAUUGCUAAUACACUUUUUUGGAAAGAAAGGAAAGGCUGAGCUUAACUUUGAAGAUUUUUACAGGUUUAUGGACAACCUCCAAACUGAAGUUCUUGAGAUAGAAUUCCUUUCCUAUUCUAAUGGAAUGACCACCAUCAGUGAGGAAGACUUUGCACAUAUACUAUUAAGAUAUACAAAUGUGGAAAAUACAUCAAGCUAUCUGGAAAAUGUGCGCUGCAGUAUCCCAGAAGAACAAGGCAUUACAUUCGAUGAAUUUAGAUCCUUUUUCCAGUUUUUGAACAAUCUGGAAGAUUUUGCAAUUGCAAUGCAAAUGUACAAUUUUGCAAAUCGUUCAAUAGGACAAGAUGAAUUCAAGCGUGCAGUGUAUGUGGCUACUGGUUUGAAGCUUUCAGCUCAUUUAGUGAACACAGUUUUCAAAAUCUUUGAUGUAGACAAGGAUGAUCAACUGAGUCACAAAGAAUUUAUUGGUAUUAUGAAAGACAGAUUGCAUCGAGGAUUCAGAGGUUACAAAAACAUACAGAAAUAUACCACUUUCAAAUCCUGUAUGAAGAAGGAACUCAAUAGCAGACAAUGAAAGACUUCGCAUAUGGGUUGAAGAACUACGGUGUUUGCGUGAUGACUGUAAUAUGGAAGCACUUUGUAAACUUUGGAAGCACUUUCUGAACUGAAAUAUGCUAAAAUGAAUGCGAAGUCUCUACUUUUGAUCAACAUUAAAGUUUGCUGCUUUUUCUUUUGUAAACUGACCACAGAAAUCAGGAAUAGACCGUUAGACCAAACAUUUUUCAGAGGAAACAAUAUCUCAAAAUUCUGGACUUUAAUUCUUAAAGCACUCUACCUGUAUGAUUCAAAAUACGACUCAUCUGCUUUUCCUGGAAAGGAUUCAUGUGUAUAUUUUUUAAUCUGUAAUGUACUUUUUAACUGGUCAUCUGCAGAUUCUUACUCAUUUUCACUUUCUUCCACCAGACUAGAAUAAUGAUUUAAUGUUUUUCCUCAGUAUUAUAUUUUGGUCAUGUUAAGCCUAUGCUAGUAGAGAAAAUGGAAAUGUAAGUCCUUAAAUCAAAAACAAAAGUAUGUGCUGUUACAUGUGAAAAUGUUUUAAAGGUUUUUCAGCACAGAAAGGGUAGAGCAAUCUAAUAACUUGUUAUGCAUAACGCAUGUCAGGGAUAAACACUUCACAAAUAGCAUGAGUUGAGCAUUCAUCAGUACAUUUACCUGGGAGUAUUUUUUAGCAAGGUAAGACUGUUCCAUUUAAAUGGUCAGGAAGUCUAUAAAAAUAUAGAUGUAUUUAGAAAUGUAUUUUUAAAAAUCAAGCGAUAGUUUAUUUUCUCAUGCCAUUCCAUUUUUGUAGUUUUGUUUCUUCAGCUGAUAUUAAUGUGCCUAUAAUAAUUACAAUUAAAUAGGAGAAAAUAUUUCUAGAGUUAUCACAGGAACACAUAUUCAAAGUAUAAAAUGAAGUUCAUUUUUAAACAAAAUCUAAUUGUGUGGAUAAAAAUUGUAAAGCUAUCAUUAUGAAUUAUUAAGAUUUAUAGUAUAGAAAGAAGCUAAGAUUUUUUUAAAGAAAAAUCUAUAGACUAUUUAAAUUUGAUUUUUUUAAAUUCAAUUCUGAUAUUUUUCAUUAUUGGCAUUCAGAUUAAAUCAAAUUAAGUACUUAUCAAUUUAUUUGAUCUCAAGAUGGUAGUUUUACUCCAGCACUUUAUUAUAUCAUUGUAGAUUGAUCAAAGCAUAUUGAUUUUAAAUGUUAUAAUGAUGCAUAAUAAUACAAAAUAAAUGUAUAUUUAUUUAUUUAUUGUAUGCUGCUCAUGAAACAGCUUGGAUACUAACAAACUGAGCAAAAUUCUGUUGACAAGAUGGAUCUCUUGCCCUAGCUUCUCCCAACUGCUGCUCCCUUCUGAAACCAUAGGUUGUGAUAAUAUGAGGAAUCACCAAAGAUCUCCUUAUCAAAAGCAAAAGUCACUGUUUAGAUUCCAAACUAUUCUUUUUUGUGCUUUCUUUAGAUAAUCUGCUAAAAUACUUUAGAGUCGGUAAAUGAAGAGAAUUCAGGUCACUGACAUAAAACAUACAUUGGCUUUUUAAAGUUCUGCUAUUUAUCUGGUUUUCAUAACUGUAAAAGAAAUGCAAUACCUGUAGAAAUAUCUAGCCAUAUUCAGCCUCAAAACUUAGUAAAGUUUUUUUUACCUACAAGAUUUAUUUCAUAUCAUUAUAUCAGCAAAAGGAUUAUAACUAUAGCUUCCAUUAAUACAGGGGUGUUAAACUCGGCCUGCAGGCCAGAUGUGUCACAUGAUGACCACCCCAACCCGUUUAGUGAAGGGGGGCGAAGCUGCGAUACAUCACAUGACAACAUGUCAAAAAUUUGAUACUUCUGCAUUAAUGCAUAACAUUAGCUCACUUAGAUUGCAGCUCUAUAUGAGAGUGAGCAUGGUAAUGAGAGCUGGGAGGCACUGUUCAUCCAUAGCCUCUGUGUCUCGCAAAUAAACCCUGAAGCUGGAAGGAUAAUAUUCCUUCCUCGUUUCUGCUUUUUCACAGUAAUUUAGUAGGGCUCUAGCUAUAUCAAACACUAAAAUAUCAAAGUUUCCAAAAAUAGCAAAAUAACAAUGAUAAAUCAGGUGCAUAAAUUAUUGAAUAUAAUUUUUGUUCUUUAAAAUAAUCAAGAGCUACAAUUUUCUUAUAGCUCCUGAAUACAUAAAUGCAAUACAGUUUUUCAUUUGUGAUCCAAAGAUUUGUUCAGAUGAUUACCAGUUACCUGGCAGAGCUAUCCACAUUUCCACUAUUGUAAUACUGGUUUCUAUUAAAUGAAUAGAUGUACUAAUAAGCAGGGUUGAACCACAUUGCUUCUUUCUGUACUGCCAGUUUUUGAAGGAUACUUUAAAUCUACUAUGAACCAAUCUAACAGAGAUUGGAUUUCUACAUUAGCUGAUAGCCAGAAGUCAGAGAUUACUUAUGUUCUUAUGCAUCUAAUUAGUUCAUUAAAAUAAAAACCAUAAUCAUGGAAUGAGGUUUAUAUUGGACUUGAUCUAAACAUUUUGCUACAUGAAGAGGAAAUGCUUCUCUGUCUUCUCCGUCUUAAAAAUGUGUAAGAUAUGGGAGAAUACAGUUUUUAGACUGCAGAGAGCAGUAUGGAGAAUGAUAACUUAAUGAUAACUUUUUUUCACCAAACACCUUUCACCUUCUAUUAAGAAGCUCUUAUAGGUUAAUUAGAAUCAAUUAAAUUAGAUGAUACAUAACUAAGUUUAUGGUGUCAUACUGAAUUAACAAAAAGAUUUCUUAAAAUGCAUAAACUAAAAACAGAAAAGCUGAAACAGCCUUAAAGUAGCAAAUUUUAGGCAGAACAUAGAAGAUGAUUUAGGAUAAACUGGAUACUUGUCCAUAUUUCAAAUAGAGGGGAGAUAUUGUUUUGCUUUUAGAAAUAAGACCACUAUGAAUAA